UGGAAAGUCAAGUAUACAUUAUCCGGUAUAUGGGAAUGACAGGAUGUCCUCACACUUCAAUCUAAUGUUAUAUUGUUACAUAUUACAAGCUAAGUGAACUGUUUAUUUAUGAAAUUAUUAUACUAUGUUAGAAGUUAUGAUGUCUCAGGUCUACUCAAAAUUGUUUGACUAUUAUCAUCAGUAAACAAUAUUUUAUCAGCACAGAAUGGAAGAGAAACUCGAUGGUCAGAAAAGAAACUCAAGAUGUAGAAGUCUUUAUGAGGUAAUAAAUGAAGAAAAACGAAAAUCAAAGCAUAGUUCCUACAGUUCGGGCACCUCAGAAGUUGACUGUAUCAUUGCUGAAACCAGUAUAUCUGAAGCCGUUGUAACAAGUGUUUCAACAGAAACGUUUGUUGUACUAGAACCUGGUAGUACGGUUAAACUAAGUGUAAGUGAACAUAAGGGUAAAUCUGACGACAUUAAAAAGCCUUCAACAGCUGAUAUAGAGAAAGAUAAUACUAAAGUUGAUGUCAAAUUGAUACCACAAAAAGAAGAGAUGCCACAAGCAGAAAAUAUCGUUAACAGUGUGGUAUCUGAACCAGAUACUAAGCCUGAAGAUGCAAUCGUGAAAGUUGAAACUUUGAAGAAAGUCGAGACGAAAGACAAAAAGAGCACAAAUAAAAGCGCCAAUAAAGAAUCGAAAGCGACAAAGUCAAAAAACGAUUCAGAAAAAGAAAUUACCACAGACAACACUGAGAAAAACGUCUCUAUAACAAAAGUUGAUACACAAUCGAACUUAAAGGAUGACAAAAUACAAAAAAGCGAGCCUUCGAAGACCGAAGGUGAAACAUCAUUAGAGCCGUCACAAGAAUCAGCAUCAGCCGCUUCGGAUGCUUUAUUACAAUCAGAGUUGAUUUAUUCACCUGAAGAAGUUGCUGUUAUUGCACAGAAACUAACAAUGGCUUUGGCAAAGCAGAUGAUAGAAGUCACCUCAAACUUUGGUAAAGAAAUGAUAAGCGCUGCAAACGAUACAUUGACAUUAUUCAACGGUUCCACACUCGAAUUAGCAGAUGUCGAUUACUUUGUUAUUUAUAAAGCUGACAACCCACAGCCGGGCGAUGGGAUUUCGUUUAUAGCACGAAUGGAAUUGGGGACGAAUGCUAUUACUAAAGUAGUACCAGUGAGUCCUACCAAAGCAUGGGUUUCUUACUAUGGUGGAGGAAUAAAACUAAUCGACACCGUUAAGGAAGCAGUGGUUAAUAAAAUUGACAUUCCAGGUCUGGAAACCAUAGCAACACCUGAUGAAACCUUUUUAUUCACAACCAACAUAAAAAAUUCUAACGUAGAGAAAAUGCACACGGUUGGAGAAGGUACAUUUGGGUCUGCGCCUAUCAUCAAACUGUGUAAGUGUAGAAUUGCGUGUGUGUCGAUGACAAAAUCUGGUAGAAAUAUAAUGAUUUGUGUGGAAAAAAGACAUUCGUUUCUAUGCAUACCUGGUAAAAGCGAGAUUGUUAUUCAAAUACACGAACUGAAUGGUAAACGCAGAAAGGAGUUGAAACCUAAAGUCGAUGGUAAACAGACCCCGACCUUGAAAGGUUAUCCCAUAGUGAUGUGUGAGAAUGUGAAUGGGGAUAUAUGUAUUGCAUCAUUUAGUAGCGUAGAUCAUUCAUGCUCCGUUGAAGUGUACGAUAAACAUCUAGAACGACGCUUUGUUUAUGACGGCGAUAAAACCCUGUCCCCUCGUUUCAUGUGUGAGGAUAUUUGCACCGACAGCAAAGGAAACAUUCUUAUGCUGGACAAUUCUCUCAAAUGCGUGCAUAUCGUUAACACAGAUGGUGUUCUCGUCAAAUUGAUAACAACAGCAAAAUAUCAAAUUGAAAAUCCAAAAUGUAUAAAUAUUGACCCGGAAGGACGGCUUUGGAUAGGUCAGGGUCCUCCUGCUCAAAUGAUCAUCUUGGAAUAUAUUGUGUAAAUAAUAUAAUAUGAUACAGAAAUAAAA